AUGAUCGAUAAGUUCAAUUCAGACUAUAUUGCGACAUACUUCAUUAAUUUAACUAAAAUUAUUUUUAAAAGUCGUGUUACAUUUACUUAAAAAAAGACUAUAGUUGAGCUCAGAGUGAUACAUCUGUCUUUAAACACAUCUUUGUCACGUUCCAAAACUGCUGUACGUCCCUCAAAAAUCAGCCAAUCGCGUUCGCCCUCGUGAGGAAGUGGCGGAGUGCGCAUGUCGGGUCAGCUGAAGGUUUGAAAACACGUCCAGAAGCCUCGCUGCCCGAGUCCGGCGUGGAUUUUUGGGGCGGCGGCAUGAACAGCGUCGGGGAGGCAUGCACCGAGCUGAAGCGGGAGUACGACCAGUGCUUCAACCGCUGGUUCGCCGAGAAGUUCCUGAAGGGCGACCGGAGCGGCGACCCGUGCACGGAGACCUUCCGCCGGUACCAGCGCUGCGUGCAGAAGGCCAUCAAGGAGAAGGACAUCCCGGUGGACGGCGUGGAGUUCAUGGGCCCCAACAAGGACAAGCCUGAGAGCUGAUGGAGGGAGGGCCUCACCGGGAACGAACGGGACUCCCCCUCCACCACCACCAGGGGCCGCGAGCACGCGCAGGCAUGGGCCGUGAGAAGUGACGUCACAGAGCCGGCCUCUUCUCUGCAGCCGGCUUGUUGGGGCAAACGUCUGCCCCUCUGAGUGGCUUCUUUCAAACUGUCGGCAACUUUUUGAGGCGAUCAAAGUUCUGAUCCGGAUCCUGGAUGGACCAGACCCGCAGAGACAUGGAUCCCGCCCUUCCAGCUGCUGUCAAUGCUCCUGCUUUUUUCUGUUGGUGUUUCAUAAACGCAGAAGAACAGAUAUGAAA